AAACACUUUCUUUUUAUCUGUCGAGCAAUGCCGUUUAUGUGUGAUUUGUUUUAAAAUUCAACAAGUGCCUUUAGUUAAAAGGCUCAAGUCCUUCUCAGUGUUCACCGUUAUCAUUUUACUCUACUUUCUGUUUAGUUUUCAGUUUAUUGGAUUUUUAUUUGCUGAUAGCGAAUCUGUCUUAUCUGUACCUACUGUAUUUACAGUAAUCAUUAACUAAUUUUUCAUUUCUUCAAUGACAUGAUCAGUGGAGCGGUAAAGUCCUGAGUAUUCUCAUUACUCAUUACAUAAAAUCAUAUCAGAGUAUGUGAAGAUAUAAGUGUAUAACAGCGUCUAUUUAAAGCUUUUUAAGUUUAUUUUUGUUUAUAUUCUUCUUAAAAUAAAACCACCUAAAUCGAUUAUGGAUGCAAACACUUGAUAAUACUAUUCAAGCAGUGAAAAGUUUAACUGGCUGAGUUUUGUUUGUAAUUUUAAACAAAUUGUGACGAAAAUUGUUUUUUUAAAUUAAAUUAUAAUUAUGGAUAGAACCAUGUAUGAAAAAGCAAAUUAUGGGCCAAUUUACAGACCUUACAGGAUAACUUUAAGAAGAGGCAGAGAUGCCGAAGCUCCAGGAUAUGCAUUGCUAGCUGAUUUACAAAAUACGGUAUCACCGGAUGGAAAUCAUCAUUUGAAUAAUAAAUCAACUCCAGGAUAUGGUUCGUUAAAUGGCAGCCGAACUCACCCACAAAAUAUUUAUCGAUCUUAUGACAAUCGGACGUCGCCACUACCUCCGCAAUCGCCGACUUAUCAAAAUCGGGAAAUAAUAGAGGAAGUAAAAACUUCCGGAUCUUAUCAGCCAUCAGGAAAAAUGCCGUCUUUGAAUAACAAUCUUUCUGAAUUAGACACAUUACUUCAAGACUUAAGUAAUGCUCGCUACAAUUCUUAUUCUAUAGAACGCGACAGCAGAUCAUCAACUGGAGCAUUGAACAAUGAAACAAGUCCAAUGAUGAGGUCACCAAGCAGCUUAUCAACAUCACGUCCAACUGUGGAUGCUCUGUUGGAAGAAUUAAACACCGCAGUACCUAACGGAGAUUACGGCCAUGAAGGAAGAGUAAAAGUAACAAUUCAAGAAACAUCUACCGAAGUGCACCCAGUGUAUGAAAGUCACCUAGGUCGUCAAAAUGUACUGGAGCGAUCCAGUGACUAUUUGAACGGUCAUACUGCUAGCAAUGCAACGAAAGAGCUUGACGAUCUGAUGGCCUCUCUUUCAGAAUUCAAGAUAAAUGGUAGUACCCAUCAGCAUCAAACAGUGACAGACUCUCCCUACGCAAAGCCGAACAAGGCGACUAAGAGUGCUUCAAGUCCGUUACCUACGGAAACUGGUGGAUCAGCAGCACAAACUAGGAUUCAUUUUUCUGAAACCCACUCGUCACACCAGUAUCAACCGCAGCAAGGCGAGAGCAGUCAUACAUUGACAACAACCCACAUAAAGCAAAACCAGUUGGAUUCUAUGCUUGGUAAUCUCCAGGCAGAUAUGAGUCGCCAAGGUAUCAAUACAACCCAGAAAGGAUGCUGCAGUGCUUGCGAGAAGCCUAUCGUCGGACAGGUUAUCACUGCUCUAGGUAAAACGUGGCAUCCGGAACAUUUUACCUGCACUCAUUGCCGUGAGGAACUUGGAACUCGCAACUUUUUUGAACGAGAAGGUCAUCCUUACUGCGAGAAUGAUUACCACAAUUUAUUUUCGCCUCGUUGUGCUUACUGCAAUGGACCAAUUUUGGAUAAAUGUGUAACUGCGUUAGAGAAGACUUGGCAUACAGAGCACUUCUUUUGUGCUCAGUGUGGCAAGCAAUUUGGUGAGGACGGAUUUCAUGAGCGUGAUGGCAAACCUUAUUGCCGUGAGGAUUACUUUGAUAUGUUCGCUCCUAAAUGCGGCGGAUGUAAUCGUGCAAUAAUGGAGAACUAUAUCUCAGCGCUUAAUAGUCAGUGGCAUCCUGACUGCUUCGUUUGCAGGGACUGUCGACAAAAAUUCCAAGGCGGUUCUUUCUUUGACCAUGAGGGUUUGCCAUAUUGCGAAACACAUUAUCAUGCAAAGCGUGGGUCUCUUUGCGCUGGUUGUCAUAAACCGAUUACUGGGCGUUGUAUUACUGCAAUGUUUCGUAAAUUUCAUCCGGAACAUUUUGUCUGCGCCUUUUGCCUUAAGCAACUCAAUAAAGGGACUUUCAAAGAACAAAAUGAUAAACCUUAUUGUCAUGGUUGCUUUGAAAAGCUUUUUGGUUAAUUAUUAUUCUAAUUAUUUUAUAAUAGAAGGAUAAAAAAAAUAUUAUUC